GGCCCCAGUGCUUGCCCGACUGGUGUGGCUGCUGCCGGGUCCCUGCUGUCCCUCCCUCACGCCUCCCAACCAUGUCGCUACUCAGCUGGGGGUACGCGGAGCACAACGGUCCCAUUCACUGGAACCAACUCUUCCCCAUCGCUGAUGGGGACCAGCAGUCCCCCAUUGAGAUUAAAACCAAGGAAGCGAAGUUCGACUCUUCCCUCCGACCUCUUAGCAUCAAGUAUGACUCGAGCUCUGCCAAAAUCAUCAGUAACAGUGGCCAUUCCUUCAACGUUGACUUUGAUGACUCGGAGGACAAAUCAGUUCUGCGAGGGGGCCCGCUCACUGGAAGAUACAGGUUGCGACAGUUUCACCUGCACUGGGGGUCCACGGACGACCACGGCUCUGAGCACGUGGUGGACGGCGUGAGGUACGCCGCCGAGCUCCACGUCGUCCACUGGAACUCGGACAAGUACCCCAGCUUCGUGGAGGCAGCUCACGAGCCCGACGGACUCGCUGUCCUGGGAGUGUUUUUACAGAUCGGCGAAUGUAAUCCCCACCUGCAAAAGGUUACGGACAUCCUGGAUUCCAUUAAAGAAAAGGGUAAACAAACUCGAUUCACGAAUUUUGACCCGUUGUCGCUGCUGCCUCCGUCCUGGGAUUACUGGACGUACCCAGGGUCUCUCACCGUGCCGCCGCUUCUGGAGAGUGUCACGUGGAUCAUUCUGAAGCAGCCGAUCAGCAUCAGCUCUCAGCAGCUGGCCGCCUUCCGCAGGCUCCUGUGCACCCCCGAGGGCCACGCGAGACUCCACAAGGCCAACGCUGAGCUCUUCCUCCUGCCGAGUUUUGGGUCUGAUGUUAAGGGCAGGGGCCGAGGCAGAGCGGAUUUAAAACGUCACCUCAAAGGCAAGAAAACACGCCCAGGUUCCCGCUUCCACACCAACGGCCACGCGGCCGCGCUGCCUUUCAGGGUUGAGGUUGACUGUCUCUGUGGGAAGCCGCUCCCAGCACUGCUGCCCGGAGUGCAGGAGCCCAUGGCUGCCUCUCCAGCUGCGUGA